CUCGUCUUCUACACGGUCUUGCCCCGUCCACGUCCAUCGCAGUGCCUCUUAUUCGCUUCCAGCCGACGGCAUCGCGACACCACCCAUCCCUCCCUUCCCCACCCCUCCUCCUCGGCCCGAAGGAUGAUCGAUACUCGUCGCACCCCAGCCACACCUCAGAUCCUUCGAUGCGCCCUUGAUCAGCCCGCACCGUGUCUUGCAUCUUAUGGGAGUAUCGCGUUCCCACAGCAGCCCAGCUCAUGCAACCACCCAUAAUCCAUCCCAUCCCGCUUCGACGCCUGCUGGACGGUCUCCCAUCAGAUCGUUGCAGUUAUCAUCUAAUCGUCGUCCGGCACCCGUCCUUUCAUCACCUUGUUGCGUAGCGCGCGCUGUGCAGAUAGUUUUUUUCUUCUUUUUGUCUUUUUUCUUUUCCCCUUGGUGACCUUGCAGAGGUCUUGGAUCCCUGGGCUGUGUUGGUUUUUUGUAAGUUGGCCUCCGUUGGAGCUGAAGGUUUCGAUCUCCUCGGCAAAUGAAAGUUAAAGCGUCGGCAGCUGCUAGUUUUCGGGUGGGGAUUCUGCGCGAGGGAUACUUGUGAGCCGGGAGAGGUGUCAGACUUUGCUGUGGGAGUUAGUUGUUCGAUUUAGUCACUAGUUGGAUGCUUUGUAGGUGUAUUGAUUUUGUGUGCGCUCGAGGUCAGGCUUGCGGCUCUUUGGUGAAUCUUUGUGUGUCCUGUAGGUGGGUGAGAGCGCACGGUCUGAGGUCUGCUGUAUGCGGUGUUGGUUUGUAUCGAUCUGUGGGCGAGUCCAAGGUGAACUCGACGACUAGUGAGUUUACCGCUGUCUAGAUUUCUGAUCCGAGGUGGAGUGUAUCUUUCGUCGAGUUUUUAUGAGAAGGGAUCGCGGUCUGCAAAUUUCGGGGCUCUGACUUGGAAUGGGAGCUGGAUUGAAGCCAGUAACAGACCUCUUAUUCCUGUUCUGGAAAAUAUUAUCGGACAGUUAACAAGCAGCAUAUAUCAAAAUGGUGCACCUACCUGCUUCAAAAGAUGAUACUAGUGUGGGAUCAUUGGAAAAGGAGUCAAGGAAAUUAACAUUAGGUGCUACAGGUACACCUGCGUCCCCAGCCUCGCCUGGCAAGAAAGCCCUCGAGAAACCUCAGAAAGUUUUGCCCUGUCCGCGAUGUGAGUCGAUGAACACUAAGUUCUGCUAUUACAACAAUUACAGUGUAAACCAGCCCAGGCACUUUUGCAGGCAAUGCCAGAGAUACUGGACUGUUGGGGGUACCCUUCGAAACGUCCCGGUGGGGGGAGGCUCCCGGAAGAAAAACCGACAUCAGAGGCAGGAGCCUUACUUGCGAACAGGUCCAGGUUCCGUCGGUAGCCCGCUUGCCAUGGCCACCGCUGGAGGACAACCGGGGAUGCCGAACAUGGGAUUCCAGCAGUUGUUGACACACGACAUGUCGGGAUUCAAUUUCUCCCAACUACCAGGUUUCGUACCACAGAAUCAUUACCCUACUUACUCCGUGGACCAUACCCAAGGAAUGUAUACCCAGCCGUUGUCUAGCAAAACUGCACAGCAAGAAUUUCAGUCUAUGCGCCCCAUGUAUGGCACGAUGAUUCCGCAUUCGAUGCCACCGGUCACUGGAAACUACUACGGACCGGAUCUGGGAUCUCAGCUUCAAGUCGACAACGCCGUCAACACCAACGGUACCGUGGGAUCCGUGAAGCCUGAAUUCUGGGGCAAUAUGGUGCCGCAAAACCCCCAUCCUCAGGCCGGUAAUCACCCAGUUUUUUCCAUGUGGGAACAGUCCAAUCCGACUAGCGCCACUCCGGCAAGUGCUGCUGACCAGGGUGCUGGCAAAACAGGUGUUCCAGCAACUCUGCAGACUAUUCCGAAGAAUGGAGGAUAUGAUUCGUCGAUGCUACUGCACUUGGGGCUGAACUCGCGGCCCCAGCUGGGAGGGAAACCAGCUGCUUGGAACCAAAAUCAGCUGGACUCGAGAGGUGGUACACUUCCUACCAACGGCUCCUCGCCCCCUCAUGGCUCCAGCACGAUCGAAGAGGAAGGGAGCACACCCACCAACGGUUACUCGAACAGUGGCUAUGAAGAGGGCGAUACAGUCUCCUCGAUGUGGCAAGACAUGCACGAUAUGCAUGAUAUCUUUCAAUAGUUAUGGUGGCGCGAAGGAGCCUGACGGUGCCUGUAAAUUACUCGAUCUGUACAUUGCCCCUUAUCUGUAGACUUUGAUAGUAAUAUGCAAAUGUCGUGUGCACUUGUGCAAGACGUCGUGAAUUGGAUGUUGCGAACACGGAUUUGUGAAUAGAAUUGAGGUAGUUUAUAACUUAUGUGAGGUCUGCCAAUGGGCUCUAGCUUUUGCUACCAGCGUGCAGUGGUCCAGCUCUGUGAGAGAAAUGAAUUAAUAGUGUAAUAUAAGCGGGUUGUGGAAGUACUGCUGUGCAACUAUUUGGUGCUAAUUCUCAGACUUUUAUUGUCGAUGAGCAAUUGGGGCUCAUUUAGUAUACUAUUUUGAUUCAAAAAGUCUCAAGAAAGGAUUAACGAACUGAUUCAUUGUUCAAACGUCACGAAUAAAUUGCACUUCAAUAUUCUUGAUUUCCAA